CAAAACAGAAAAAGAUUCUCAUAAAUCAUUGUGGGAUAACAAAACAGAAAAAGAUUCUCAUAAAACAUUGUGGGAUAACAAAACAGAAAAAGAUUCUCAUAAGUCAUUGUGGCCAGAAAAUGACUCCAGUAAAUCACUAUGGGAUAAUAAACCUGAAAAUGGUUCUCAUAAAUCAAUAUGGGACAAUAGAUCUGAAAGGGAUUCUCAUAAAUCAUUGUGGGACAAUAGGCCUGAAAAGGAUUCUCAUAAAUCAUUGUGGGACAAUAGGCUUGAAAAGGAUUCUCAUAAAUCGUUGUGGGACAAUAAGCCUGAAAAGGAUUCUCAUAAAUCGUUGUGGGACAAUAAGCCUGAAAAGCCUUUAUGGGAGAAGACACCGGAAAAGGAUUCUCAUAAAUCGCUGUGGGAUAGUAGACCUGAAAAAGACUCCAGCAAAUCUCUUUGGGAAAGUAAGUCAGAAAAAGACAACACCAAGUCAUUAUUCAGAGAUGCAAAACCUGAAAACCAAGAGUCAAAUAAGAAACUUGAAAAGCCAAAAAGUGUGAAAUUGAAUGCUACAGACAUAUUUACAUCAUCUGAAUCUGAGGCUGAAACUACUCCAGAGAAAAUUUCAAUGAAAUCUGAAGAGCAGUCUAAAAUCAGCAGCAAUAUUGAUGACAUUAUUGCCAAAGUUGCCAGUGAUGUUGAUAACACAUACUGCAGCCCAGAUAGCUUUAGACUCAAUGAAGAUGAAUCUAAGAAGAAACACAAACAUCCAGGCAAGGGGGAUAGAGCCAAUAAGAGGGAGAGCUCCACAGAGUCAGAUCGCCAAAAAGAUAACUCGUCCAGCGUUGUUUCACUCACUAAAAAUCUAAGCAAGAUCUUGAAAGCAAAACAGAGUGGACAGGAUAAAGAGGAGUCUGAGAUUGAUAAAGUCAACAAAGUAGUGGCUGAAUUUGAACAGGAGAAGAGAAAGUCCCUUGAAAAACUUGAAGGUGGAAAGAUUGCUAAAAAUAAGGGUGGGGAAACUUCCAAAAUCAACGACACUAAGUUUAGUGUUUUUGACUUUGAUGAUGAUGAUUUCAAUGAUGUGAAGCCAAGCUUAACUAAACUGCAUGAACCUUCUAAAGACAAAAGUGCUGAUGGAUUUGGAUUUGAAUUUGAACCUAAUAAAGAUAUAAAACAAGAGCCUGAUUUCCCAAAGGUUGAAAAUAAAACACCCAAAAAGGCGAAGAAAUCAAAAAGUGUUGAUAGGAGAGCAUCAACUGAUUCCAUUGAGAAGGAUAGAAAACCAGCCAUGGCUAGGUUUGAUAUCAUGCCACAAAUUAUACAGGAAAAUGUACCAGAACCUAAAGUUAAGCAGGAGCCAGAAGAACCACUGUUCAAACCAAACACCCCUGUUAAGGCCAAUGCUCCAACUGUGAAACCCAACACACCAGAGAGAGAAAAGAUUAAGAAGCAACCUGAGAAUAACUUUGAAUUUGAAACACCAAGUCCUAAAGAUGUUAAGAAAAAGCCUGCGAAGAUUAAACAUGAUCGUCAGUCAGUUGAAAGAUCAUCUAUUGAGAAGCCAUCUCCCGAGCAACCUCAAGAAGUUGUUCCUAAAGAAGCUGAGGAAAAGAACAUUGAUCAGAAAGAAACUGUAGAGGAGGAACCUGUUGCUGAUGCUCCACAAAACCCCGAAGAAGAUAUUAGCAGUGUUAAUGCUCUGCUUCAAUCUGAACCUGAUCUAUUCAGUGAUGUUGAGACUUCUUCCAAAUACGAGGAUACUUACCAAGGUUCAGGCAAACCAGAAUCCAAAAGUGAUUGGUCGAUGCAAAGGGAUGGUGCCCCUGAGGCAAUUCCUGCUGAUGCAGGUCUCACCUGGGGUGAAGAAGACAACAGGGAUGACAAUGAAAACAGAGAUAACAUCUUCCAAAUCAUGGCCACACAUGACAAACCCAAGGAAGAAUCUGGUAUCAUUGAGGAGACUGUAAUUGAAACAACUAUAGAGACUACUGAGGUCAGUCAAGAAGAGAUGCUUGAGACAACUGUGGUUGGACAUGAGGUUCCUGUUGAGCAGGAAUGUGAGUACAAACCUGAGGACAACAAACCAGAAGUACCAACUGACCUACCCUUGCCUGAACCCCCUAUGUCUCAAGCACAGUCUAUCUUGGUGCCACCUCCUAUGCCUGAAGAGCUGGAAAGUCCAGACUCUCCAAAGUUGCUCAUAGAUGAAAAUCCUCUUCCACAGAAAGUAGAUUCACCUGUCAUCCCAGAGCCCAGCCCUACUGAUGUAGCAGAUGUAACACAGAGCUUCCAGGAUGAUUUGCUGAGGCAAGCUGAGAUUCUUGAGAAAGAAGCUGCUAUGGAGAGACAGAAAGAGGACGAGAAAAGACAGAUCGAGGAAUAUCUAAAGCCAAAGGGGCCACCUAUCACAAUUAAUGACAUCGCGAGACCGUUACCAUUGGAGCAAUCGACUCCCAUUGAUGGCAAAUUCACAACUGAAUUGAAUGAUGCAGUCAAGACUGAUAUAACAGACUCUAGUCCUAAACCAAGAAAGUCAGUACGACAAAGAAAGCCAGGGAAGGGUGUGAUAGCUGAGAAGAUUGCAAAUGAAGCGUUAGAGCUGCAAGGUCAGAAAGUUGAACCUGAACUUCCCCAAAUAUGUGAACCUCAGCAGAAGGUUCUACCCAUGCAGGCUGAGAAUAAGCCCCCACAACCUAUGGGUAAAACAGUACCACCUCCGACUAAGAUGUUGACCAGGGGCAAAGCAGCAAGUGAGAAUGAGGAGAACAGCCGAAAACUCAGGAGAGGUCGAAGGUUGAAGGCAAAGAAAACCAUGGGGGAAGAUUUUGUUAUGUUGUCUGAUGCACCUAGAAAAUCAUCACCCAGGAAUUCUCCAAAGUCUGUAUCACCUAAAACUGUCCCACCAAAGCAGCCAGGCACUCCUCCUAGAAUUCAGAAACCACCACAGUCUCCUGGCAAAGUUCCGGUCUCCACUCCUACAGCAGCCAAGCCAGAACCAGUGGUAAAGCUGGAGAAAUUAUCUGAUGAAACAUGGAAGAAAAAUGAGGAUGGCUCGGAACAGCCACAGCCUGAGCAAGAACCCCCAGUUGUUCCUAAGCCCAAAACUGAAAAAGAGCUGAUUGAAGAGAAGGUGGCUGCUGUAUUGUCUAAUGUGCGUGCUGAGAUGAAGGCCCCUGAUGCACCAGCUGAUGGUAAGAAAGGAAAGCGCAAGAGAAAGCGUAAAUCCCAAGAUGGUGCACAUCCUGAGACUAAAGCAACCACAGAAGAAGAGUCCCCAUUGAAGAAGACAAAGAGUGAGGGAAAUCAGCAGACACAGCAAGCGGUAGAGAGUAUCUUACCUCCUGUAGAGUUCUCUAAUGAAGCUAUGAAGGAAAUGAAAUCUCCUACUGUUGCUGCAUCUACCCCUAACAUUGUGAAACCCACAGCUGAUGUUGCAAAGACUGAUAUGAAUACGAAGCAAGUGAUGUCUCCCAAUCAGCUAUUGACUACCAUAAAGGCUGAUAUCCCAUUGAGUAUAUCUGUGCCAGAGUCUGGUACUUUCAUGGGCCCACUUAAGUCAUCACCAGUAAUGUCGCAUAUUGAUGCUGUAAUUGAUGCUGUAGCUAAAGGAGAGUUCCACUCACCAACAAUCCCUGAACAAGGGCCUGGGGAACCAGAGAAUCAGUAUGAGACGAAAAAACGUAAAGCUGCAAGAAUGCACAGUCAUGACAUGUUACCCCAUGCUGGUAAUGCUCCUCACACCCCACACACAGGUGCAGCAGCUGAGGGUGCAGGGAUGAUGGCUCAUACAGCUGCUACAACUAUGUCAGGCCCUGUACCAGCUAGUGGGGGCUCUCACAUUCCACUGAGUAGCACACCACUGACCCCCACAGAACAGACUACCUCACCACAUUCGACAGCAGCUCCCACAUCAGUCAUACAACAGACAUCACAUGCCCCUGCUGUAAGCCAGGCGAAUCCAAUGAAUGCCUUACAACAGGCUGGGUACCCAGUGAAGGCCUAUGAUGCCACACAGAAGGCUGGUGGGCCAGUGAUGAAGCCCCCACCCCCAGAUGCUAGGGUCCCACCUACAGGCAGCAUACAUGUCAACAUACCAAUGUCACCAUUUGAGGUUGCACAGCGUGAGCUAAGCCCAAAUGGACAAGUGAGUGUUAAUACUGUCAUCGAGAGAAUACCUAACCCCCAUUUGCGUCCUGGAAUGCACUCCCCUGGGGGUGCUAAGGUAGAGAAUCAACAGAUGCCCCCACCCAGAGACAACAACACACCUAAACAUUUGCCUUCUAAUGAUGCAUCCAUUCAUGCAGGGCUUAGCCAACUUAGUCCAAGUAUCAGACAGCCAAGUCCACAACCUCCUUUGUCUCAGGCAUAUCAGCACUAUCCACCUGCUCCGUCAGCAUCUGCCACAGAGCUACGUGGAAUCCUGAAUCAGCCUUCGAAGCUUCAACAACAACAGCAGCGACUCCAGUUACAGCCAACCACCACCUCCCCUGGGGCUAUGAAUGAGAGGCACCAGCAGUUGUUGCGUGAAGAGAGGGAUCGUGAGAGGGAGCGUCGUCAGUUGGCUUUGGAACGAGAACGUCAGGCACAGGCUCAGAAGGAUGAGCAAGAGCGGGUUAUGGUUCAGCGUAUGGAAAAUAUGGUACGGGAACGAGAAGCCCAGGAACAGCUAGCUGCAGCUGAACGUGAGAGGAUAGCUGCAGCGGCAGCAGCCAGUCACCAACCAUUGUUGUCUCCACAGCAAAAGAUCGCCCUUGAGCAUCAACAUCAGAUGGCUGCUCAACAGUAUAGGGAGGCCACACAAGGGGAGAGACAGUCCCCAGGGACAUUUGCCCAUCGUUUACCAUACCCAUACCCGGAUGGCCACAGGAUAGCAUAUAGGCCUGAUGGCUCUCAGCCUAGCCCUCUGCCCACCAGUAGCUCUCAGGACCCUGCCAGGCAUGAUCAGAGACCUGAUACAUCUAACCCUGAUACCCAACCUGGGGUACCUCAACCAUUCUACCAGGGUGAUCUCCGGAUUAACCACCCUGGCAUGCCCUACCCACAGGGUGGAAUCACAAUGGGAUUGCCGCGUCUUCCUAUAGACCCACGUAUGACAUAUCCCAUACAGCCCCAUGACUAUCUACAGGGCGGGGGUCAUAUGAUCCCUGGUAUGGUACCCCAGCACCCACAGCACUUUACACCGCAGCAGGGGGCCCAGAUAGACCACCCCGAUGCCAGGUCCCCAGGGUUGAGGCCACCUUCCCACCCAGGCUCACAGGCUGUGGCUCCAAUCUCCCGCCCACCCUCUCAGCCACCCACCAUGAUGCCAGGUCUACACACCAGGAUCCUGAAUUGUGACGUACCACCCCAGACAGACCAUCUUGUAGGCAUGUUACAUAAGUAUCCAGUUAUGUGGCAGGGCAUGUUGGGACUGAAGAAUGAGAGUGCUGCAGUACAGAUGCACUUUGUGUCAGGCACACGUCGUCUCGUGAAUCUCUCCCUCCCCCAGCCCACCUUAGAUAUGGGGACUCCACCCUUGAGGAUCAAUCAAAGGAUGCGGCUGGAGCCACAACAACUAGAGGGUGUCUCUAGGAGGAUGCAGAUGGAAGAGGACUACUGCAUGCUGCUGGCCCUACCAUGUGGCAGAGACCACAUGGAUGUAUUACAACAGACAAAGGCACUCAGCUCUGGAUUUAUACAAUAUCUUCAACAGAAGCAGGCAGCAGGCAUAGUGAAUGUAUCGAAUCCUCAGACUCAACAGCCAGCUUAUGUGGUCCAUGUGUUCCCACCAUGCGAGUUCACCCAAGCUAACCUGGCCCAAAUAGCCCCUGAGUGGAUACACAAUGUUGCUGAUGUGGCACAUCUUCUCAUUGUUGUGGCUACAGUCUAAACAGUUGUGGCGAUAAACUAAAAUUAAGAUUGUGUCAUAGCAACAAGCUGGAUUAUUGUGAUGGAUAUUUUCCUGGUAGCUAUCUUAACAACUGACAACUGGAUUGUUAUGGUGGCAACGUUGGCAUGGCAGUCAUUGUGGUGGCUACCAUGUAAACAUUGGAUAUUGUGGUUUCGUAUUAUCUAAGUGCAUACCAGAGGAAUAUAUCUGAGAAUAUCUAGAUUGUUUUAGUAUAGAAGGCAGCCAAUGCCAGAAACGACAGUAAGCAUCAAUGUGGCAUUUGCCUACAAUGCCAUAAUGAAGAUGUCAUUAGAGAAUGUGGAAAUGUCAUGAUUUCAUUAGGGCUAAAUGUUAAUCAUGAGAUAUUAACUAGUAUUACAUUUAAAAUGGACAUAAAUAAAUCACUGGAUAUAAUAAACGCAUGAAAUGUGUGCAGAAUAUUUCACAUUUCCGGAGUAUAUGAUGGAGAUCUGACACACUGAUACCAUAAAAGGGCAGAAUAAUGGAAGAUCUACGUCAUUGGGGUACUGGCAAAAGAAGAGUAAGAGUUAAAUUAACUUCAGUUAAACUAAAGGUUUUAAUGAUUUAAUUUAACUCAUCAAACCCUUGACUCACUUGAUUAACCUUUGACUUACCUGAUCAACCCUUGACUUACUUGGUCAACCUUGACUCACCUGAUCAACCCUUGAU